GCCGCCGGCUCGCUGGGCGUGGGGAGGGCGGCGAGCACGCAAGCCGAGCGGCUGACGUGGGACGAGCUGCCAGGUAGCGGAAGCAGCCAGCCGCCAGCGGAGCCACUUCGCAGCGUGGCAGCUCGGGUCUGCGCCUGAAGCCUCCGGAUCCCAGCCAGCUUGGUCCAACCCUCUCCAGUCGCAAUCCCCUGUGCCCAAGUCAGUCUUCGCUGAGAGUGGCAGCAUGCAUGCAGUGUCGCACCCUGGGCUCUGAGAGUAGCCAGUGGACACGCUUGCCUGCUUGUCUUUUUAGGUUUUGGGCUCUGGGCUACACGGAUGUGCUCCCCUCCCUUGGCAUGAUGGGGAUCUUUUUGGCGUCUGUUGGAUUUGUGUUCUUUUCUGUAUUAUAUGUACAACAAGGGCUUUCUUCUCAAGCAAAAUUUACGGAGUUUCCGCGGAACGUGACUGCGACCGAAGGGCAAAAUGUGGAAAUGUCCUGUGCUUUCCAAAGCGGCUCCGCUUCGGUGUACCUGGAGAUCCAAUGGUGGUUCCUUCGGGGACCAGAGGACCUGGAGCAAGGAACCGAGGCUACAGGCGCGCAGGUGGAGCUCUUACCCGAUAGAGACCCGGACAACGAUGGGACCAAGAUUAGUACAGUGAAAGUCCAAGGCAAUGAUAUCUCUCACAAGCUUCAGAUUUCCAAAGUGAGGAAAAAGGAUGAAGGUUUAUAUGAGUGCAGGGUGACAGAUGCCAACUACGGAGAGCUACAGGAACACAAGGCCCAGGCCUACCUGAAAGUCAACGCCAACAGCCAUGCUCGGAGGAUGCAGGCCUUUGAAGCCUCACCGAUGUGGCUGCAAGACAUGAAGCCUCGAAAGAAUGUGUCGUCAGCGGUUUCCAACAGCGUCCACAGCUCUGCCAACCAGCGAACACACUCCACCUCCAGCCCUCAAGCCGUAGCCAAAAUCCCCAAGCAAAGUCCACAAUCAGGUGCGAGGAUAGCUACAAGCCAUGGACUUUCUGUCCUGCUUCUUGUUUGUGGCUUUGUGAAGGGUGCUUUGCUUUAAUCUAAAGUGCUGACUUUUUUCCAAUAUCACUUUCUCUUCUUAAAGCAAAGAGCAAAUCGCCUGUAAAAUCUACGGAGCGGACAGCAAAGUUGACCCUAAACGCCAAGCACCAUUCCGCACCCCUGUACUCUAGUUACGUACACAAGGAACAUCAGCUUCCGGAAGCAUAAGCGAAGAGGCUAUCACGCUUUAUUGAUAGUAUUUUCUUUGGGAAGUCGCUGAUCUUUUAUUUCAAGAGAAUUAAUGUGAAGUGAUAGGACAUUUUCUAAUAACAAGAUCCAUUUUUUUUCUUUUAUCUCAACAAAUAAGAUCUACAUUUCGCUGACUGCUCAGGAGUUGGCCUGAAAGUCAUCAGUAUAGUAAAUAUUUCCAUGGAUUCCACCAAUUUCCUACCAAGGGACACCUAACCUGCAAGAAGCAAACAAAGACGGAAAGCUGAAGAAACACAAACUAUCUUCAAACAGCACCCCAGCUGGGAGGGAAAAAAACAAAACACAAAAUGCUGAGCACUGCAAAUCAACAACAGACAACUUUAUUUUACAUAAGAAAUAAUCAAAGAAAGUUUUGUUUUUUGUUUUUUUUUAAACUUCUUUUCUGCCCCAUGGAAUUUACCUUGGAGUUUCCCUUCUUUUCCUUGAUUGCUGUUCUUGUUCAAUGGUAGCAAUUGCCAGUUAUGGCCAAUCCUUGUCAAUCCUGGGAGGUUUAUAUCCAUACAUAUUGAGUGUGCUAUAUUUCAAUGUACUUUAAUUCAUUUUGCAAUUUCUGUAUAUGCAAAUCUGGCAAACUCUGUAAAUUGCUUAUAGUAUGUGUGAUAUGACUUCAAGGUAGAUAGAUUAUGACCUUCAUGCAAGCCGACUUUCUUCAUUCUAUAUGCAAAUAUAUACAUGAGCAUAUAUUAGGCCACCGACUUCUUUUCCUAACGCAUUAUUUUUUAUUUGCAACUCAUGCACUGUGUGAAUUUUGUAGUGCGUUCCUCUGCUCCACUGGUUUAACAGCCACAGUUUGUCUUUGUUGCCCUCUGCUUCCUCUUGGAAAUGCAUAUUUUAAAUUGUGUAUGUUUCUGAUAAAUGAAUUAAUUUUGUUGUGUGUAUGCUAUGUUGGAAUUUGCUGUGUUAUUUUAUAUGUGAGUUGAUUAAGGUUUGGGGAUCUUGAGUCUGAAGAAUGCACAUCCUGGUUUUGACAGAUCUCUUCAUGUUAUCAAUAUUCUAUCUGGGAAAAAGAAUGAGGCCAAGUGGGGAGGCUCAAGAAGACAUUUUGACUCCCCAAGUUCCUGGAAGAACACUUCACAGUCUGACUAAAUAAUGCUGCUUCCUUUGUUCUUUGAGACUUUUUGUAGCUUUGUCAUUUGCUACUUGCUGCUAAUUAUAUUUUAAUGUCUACUAAUUAAAAAUUAAAAUGUGAUUGUUGGCUGCAUACAAUAUGCAAAUACUGCAAAGCAUACUGAAGAAGAUAGGUGUUCAAUCUUCACUCAUUAAUUAUAAUUUUAAAUAUUCCAUCAUUAUUAUUAACCUUGUGAUGUUUUGUUUAGACCUGUUAUAAAUAAAUCUUUCUCUGGCAAAGAAAGAUAGAACAAUCAAUACAUUCCUUCUUGUAGUGUGGAAGAGUUAGGGCUGGAGAAAGAACACAUCCAGAUAGUCUUCUGGAGAGAUUCUUUUCUUUUCAUUACAAAACCAGAACACCAUAUAUGUAGGAAUGGUUCAUUCCAAGUGGGAGGUCCUAAAUUGUAGCCUGUUGGAAAUGAAUGCCUUUGCUCUUAUAA